AUGUCAACUGAGACAGAACUUCAAGUGGCUGUUAAAACCAGCACAAAGAAAGACUCCAAAAAGAAAGGUCAGGAUCGCAGUGAAGCCACUUUAAUAAAGAGGUUUAAAGGUGACGGUGUCCGAUACAAAGCAAAACUGAUUGGGAUAGAUGAGGUUUCUGCCGCACGAGGAGACAAGUUAUGCCAAGACUCCAUGAUGAAACUCAAGGGAAUUGUUGCUGCGGCUCGUUCAAAAGGAGAACAUAAACAAAAGAUCUUCUUAACAGUCUCCUUUGGGGGAAUCAAAAUCUUCGAUGAAAAGACAGGGCUACUACAGCACCACCAUGCAGUUCAUGAAAUUUCAUACAUCGCAAAGGAUAUUACAGACCAUCGAGCGUUUGGAUAUGUAUGUGGAAAGGAGGGAAAUCACAGAUUUGUGGCAAUAAAAACAGCCCAGGCAGCUGAACCUGUAAUUCUGGACUUGCGAGACCUGUUUCAGCUCAUCUAUGAACUGAAACAAAGGGAAGAAAUGGAAAAAAAGGCACAAAAGGAUAAACAGUGUGAACAAGCGGUAUACCAGACAAUUUUGGAAGAAGAUGUAGAAGAUCCUGUAUACCAGUACAUUGUGUUUGAGGCUGGACACGAGCCAAUCCGUGAGCCUGAAACGGAAGAAAACAUUUAUCAGGUUCCUACCAGCCAAAAGAAGGAAGGUGUUUAUGAUGUGCCAAAAAGUCAACCUGUAAGUCUGCAGAAUGGAAACUUAUUGCUGGACAUUGAUGAAAAUCUUGUUUCAGUCACUCAGGCUGUUACCCAACUAGAGCUUUUUGGGGACAUGUCCACUCCUCCUGAUGUAACCUCUCCCCCAACUCCUGCUACUCCAGGUGAUGCCUUUAUCCCAUCUUCAUCCCAGUCAAUUCCUGCUAGUACAGACAUGUUUGGUUCUGUACCUUUCAGCACUGCUGCCGUACCCUCAGGUUAUGUUGCCAUGGGAGCUGUUCUGCCCUCAUUCUGGGGACAGCAACCACUUGUUCAACAGCAGUUGGCCAUGGGUGCUCAGCCUCCAGUUGCUCAGGUGAUGCAGGGAGGACAGCCGAUAGCGUGGGGCCAACCCGGUAUUUUUCCUCCUACUCAGCAACCGUGGCCAUCUGUAGCUGGUCAGUUCCAACCAACUGCCUUCAUGCCAACACAAACUGUUUUGCCUUUACAAGCAGCCAUGUUUCAAGGUACCAUUGCUCCUAUAGCUACUGUUCCACCCACAAGUGAUUCCAACAGAUCAAGUCCACAGACAGACAGGCCCAGACAGAAAAUGGGAAAAGAAAUGUUUAAAGAUUUCCAGAUGGCUCAGCCUCCACCAGUGCCAUCAAGAAAACCAGAUCAGCCUUCCCUCAGUUGUACCUCAGAGGCCUUCUCAAGUUACUUUAACAAAGUUGGGAUGGCACAGGAAGCAGAUGAUUGUGAUGACUUUGACAUCUCUCAGUUAAAUUUGACUCCUGUGACUUCCACAACACCAUCUACAAAUUCACCUCCAACCCCUGCACCCAGACAGAGUUCUCCAUCAAAAUCAUCAGCAUCUCAUACCAGUGAUCCUGCUGCGGAUGACCUCUUUGAAGAGGGGUUUGAAAGCCCAAGCAAAAGUGAGGAGCAAGAGGCUCCUGAUGGGUCUCAGGCCUCAUCCAACAGUGAUCCAUUUGGUGAGCCAACUGGUGAUACUAUAAGUCCACAGGAAGCGGAACCUCUCUACGCCCAGAUCAACAGACCUAAGAAAUAG